AUGCAAGUCGUCUCCUCUCCACCACUACCGUCUUCUGCGGAUCUUGUCGUUGUCGGAAGAUCAGCGGAUGAGGAUGUGAUCAAAUAUUCGACGCUUCAGAAACAGCAGCAGGAGCAGCAGCAGCAAUCCAAUACGGCACUUCCGCCGUAUAAUUUUGCGUUCUUUAACCGCCGUCAAUUCUAUACGGAGACGACGUCGUCUAAUAGCACUGGAAAUGGAGCCGCCUCGGCCGGAAGCAAUGGAUCUGGGAGCUCGUCGAGUGAGAGGAAAAGUGACGUCUUCAACAUUUCGAUGAACGCAUUCGCCGCGCCCGCCAAAUCAGAUGAUCAAAUUCAGAACUUCAACAUGUUGAGCUCAUACUACACCGGAGCACUGAAGCUAAGCAAUUCAACAUCGUUCGUUAGUCAAGAUCCCUACCAAGUGCUCGGGCAAACCAGCAAGAAUCUGGCACAUUCUGGAAGUGGGCAAACGCAACUUUGGCAGUUUCUUCUGGAACUUCUCUCCGACAAACGGUAUUCAGAAGUGAUCACUUGGGAGGGAGUAAAUGGAGAAUUCAAAUUGGUGGAUCCAGAUGAGGUGGCCAGGAAAUGGGGAGAGCGGAAAUCGAAGCCCAACAUGAAUUAUGAUAAAAUGUCGAGAGCACUUCGCUACUAUUAUGAUAAGAAUAUCAUGGCGAAGGUUCAUGGAAAACGAUAUGCUUAUAAGUUUGAUUUUCAAGGAAUCGCUCAAGCACUCCAACCACCAACUGCCACCCAUCCACAGGACUAUUUCAACUCCCAUGCGAUGGGUCGAAUCGCUCCCGAUUUUUCGUCAUGGACCAGUGCCAACUACAGAAGUUUGAAUAUUGCCGCCGGCUUUAAUAAUAGCAGCACAAUUUUCAAUCCGGCAGCUGUGAAUUAUAGUGCAUUCGGUGCUGGCUCAUCGAAUAAUCUCUCCGCUACUCGAACAACAUUUCCCCUGUACCGAUGA